UCGGGGCCGGCGGGACGCGGGCGCCAGGCAUUGAAUUCGGCUUUGGGCUGCGGAUCUCCAGAAGCAGCUGUGAGGAGCCCCGGCCUUACUCUGGCCUGUGCUACCAUGAUUCCUUGUGUCAUGGGCUCUCUCAGUGCCCUGGGUGCUCUCCUGCUACUUGCAUGCCAGCUCGUCUGCCCACAGCCCUCCACUGAACACAGAAAGGUCCCACAGCGGCCCCCCGAGGACGAUGACGGCCUGGCGGGCGCCUGGGGGUCCUGGGGCCCCUGGUCCGCCUGCUCCCGCAGCUGCGGCGGCGGCGCCAUGGCGCAGACCCGGCCCUGCCUGCCCCGGGCCCGCGCGCAGCCGCCGCAGCCCGCGCCCCGCGCCUUCGCCGGCCGCGUGGUGUCGGCCGUGCGCGCCUCGGUGCCGCUGCUCCGCAGCCCCGCCGCGCCCCGCGCGCACCGCGCCCGCCCCGGGCCCGCGGAGAGAAGGAACAGGGCGCGAGGCCCCAUCAGGCCUGGGACGUAUGGGUAUGGCAAGGCACCUUACAUCUUACCACUGCAGACAGACCAAGGCCACAGGCCACAGAGGCUCCGGAGGCAGAGGCCCGAGGCCCUGCCCUCGGGAGCCCAGGAGACACCUGCGCCCAGGCCUGGCCACAGCCCCGCAGCCCACUGGCUCCCCCAGCACCAGCCACUGGAUCACAGUCAUGGUGGUCCUCAGUCUGCACUGCAGGCCUCCAAAGCCUCCAUCUUCCAGCCACCUUCCGCGCAUGACCAGAGCUUCUUGGCAGCUUCCAGUGUCUUCCACGUCCCGGGUUCUAGCGGCCACCACGGCAUGGGGACUCACGAAGUGUCUCCAAGUUUCCCCCAGUCCCUGCGGCCUACUGCCAUCUCCUGCAUCGGGGCCCAUCGACAGUACAAGCUAUGCAACACCAAUGAAUGUCCCGCGAACAGCCGUAGCAUCCGGGAGGUGCAGUGCGCAUCCUACAACAACAAGCCAUUCAUGGGCAGGUUUUACGAGUGGGAGCCAUUUGCAGAAGGAAAAGACAGCCGCAAGUGUGAGCUCAACUGCCAGGCGGCGGGCUACCGCUUCUACGUCCGGCAGGCGGAGAAGGUGAUCGACGGCACCCCGUGUGGCCAGGACGGCGUGGACAUCUGUGUGUCGGGACAGUGCAAGAGCGUCGGCUGUGAUGACUACCUGGGCUCUCACAAAGUCAUGGACAAGUGCGGUGUCUGCGGGGGUGACAAUACAGGCUGCCAGGUGGUCUCCGGUGUAUUUAACCACGCCCUCACCAGCCUGGGCUACCACCGCGUGGUCGAGAUUCCCCAGGGAGCCACAAAAAUCAAUGUCACGGAGAUGCACAAGAGUAACAACUACCUGGCGCUGCGGAGUCGCUCUGGCCGCUCCAUCAUCAAUGGGAACUGGGCAAUUGACCGGCCCGGGCGCUAUGAGGGUGGAGGGACCAUGUUCACCUACAAGAGGCCAAACGAGAUCUCCAGCACAGCGGGGGAGUCCUUUCUGGCUGAAGGUCCCACCAAUGAGAUCCUGGAUGUAUAUAUGAUACACCAGCAGCCCAACCCGGGCGUGCGCUACGAGUACGUGAUCAUGGGCACCAACGCCCUCAGCCCCCGGGCCCCGCCUCCCAGGAGACCAGGGGAGUCUUUCCCUGGCCGGCCGGAGAUAGAGGGGAGGAGCCAGGAGGAUGGAGGAGAGGAAGAGGAGGAGGAGGAGAAGGAGGUCUUGGGGGGGGCCACACCGGACGUGUUCUCCCCCGAGUCGGCGCAGCCCUUCCCCGCCAGGCAUCCGGACAGCGUGGCCAGGCGGAACCGGAAUUACAACUGGAAGCAGCUGGGGACCACGGAGUGCUCGGCCACCUGCGGGAAAGGCUCACAGUACCCCGUGUUCCGCUGCGUGCACAGAAACACCCACGAAGAGGUUCCUGAGAGCUACUGCGACUCGAGCAUGAAGCCGACCCCCGGGGAGGAGCCCUGCAGCCUCUCCCCCUGCCCUGCCUUCUGGGACAUCGGCGAGUGGUCGGAGUGCAGCAAGACCUGCGGCCUGGGCCUGCAGCACCGCCAGGUGCUGUGCCGCCAGGUGUACGCCAACCGCAGCCUCACGGUGCAGCCCUACCGCUGCCAGCACCUGGAGAAGCCAGAGACCACCAGCACCUGCCAGCUCAAGAUCUGCAGCGAGUGGCAGAUCAGGACCGACUGGAGCUCGUGCUCCGUGCCCUGCGGGGUGGGGCAGAGGACCCGCGUGGUGAGGUGUGUAAGCAACCUCGGGGACGUGGUGGAUGAUGAGGAGUGCAACAUGAAGGUGCGGCCGGGCGACAUCGAGAACUGCGACGCGGGCCCCUGUGCCAGGAGCUGGUUCCUCACCGAGUGGAGCGAGAGGUGCUCAGCCGAGUGCGGGGCCGGAGUACGCACUCGCUCCGUCCUGUGCAUGACCAGCCACGUGAGCAGCCUGCCUCUGGAGGGCUGUGGAAACAACCGGCCGGCAGAGGCCACGCCAUGUGACCACGGGCCCUGCACGGGCAAGGUGGAGUGGUUCUCGGGGAGCUGGAGUCAGUGCUCCGUGGAGUGCGGCAGCGGGGUUCAGCAGAGGGAGGUGAUCUGCAUGCGGAAGGACGAGGAUGCCUUCGUGGUGCUGGAUCCCCAAGAGUGCUCCUCCCUGGAGCGGCCCCCCAGACAGCAGCCCUGCCGCCGCCAGCCCUGCGGGGCCACCUGGUUCAGCACCGAGUGGAGCGCGUGCUCCAAGACCUGCCAGGGUGGCUUCCGGGUCCGGGAAGUACGCUGUCUGUCAGAUGACAUGACCCUCAGUGACCUCUGCGACCCCCACCUGAAGCCAGAAGAGCGAGAGUCCUGUAACCCUCAGGACUGCCUCCCGGAAGUGGAUGCAAGCUGCCAGGACAAGUACUUCAACUGCAACGUGGUGGUGCAGGCACGGCUGUGCAUCUACCAGUACUACCAGGGCGCCUGCUGUGUUUCCUGUGCCCGUGUGGCACGCCGGGCCGGCUCCCCGGGGCGCAGGAAACGCAGCCCAGAGGGCAGGGCCGCGCCACUGCCCUCAGACAGCCGCGGGCCUGGCACCGACAAAGCCACCACCACCCCUGCCUUCUGAAGCUCCCCGCGUGGUCCAGGUGCUGUGUGCACAGUACUCUUAAUGGCUCCCUAGAGCCGGGGCCUAGGUGCCCGGCCACCGCCAACACAGCCCUCUCCCCAUCCUGCUACGCAAGCACUGCCUGGUCCCCAGGCCCACCGGCCUGAUCAAAAGCACCCACUGGGUUAUGACGAGGGCAGCGCCUCCUGUCCUGGGCCCCUUUAUGUGGUGCUGGGGCCUGAGCCGGCCAUGCGUGCACCAUGCCCCCCCCGACAGGGGCAGCAGUCACAGAGAGCCAGGCUUUGUGGCACCGGGGGCCACGGACGCCACCCCAAGAUGGGAGGACUGAGCAUUACCCCACUCCACGGACAAGGCCACGGAGACGCUGCUCAGGGGCAGAGCCAAGGGCCCACCGCCAUGGUCCACGCACAGCCUCGCCCACCAACCAGCCACGACAGAGUGAAGGCGGCUGCUUUGCUGACCCAGAGGUGGAUGGAGAAGAUGGCCGGCCCCGAACCAAGUCCAACACCAGCACUGGUGUUUUAGGUGUCUUUAGAUGUCCCUUCUCCCUUCUGUGACAGAGUCACGGGGCCUUUCUGAUGGCUCUGCAGAUCUUACCAAAGUCCGUCCUCAAGCCAACGGUCCCAGGAGACAGGAGAGCCACAGGGGUCCCUCCUGUCCAGGGACAGGAUCCCCACUUCCCUGCCAUCCCCCCUCCCACGCCUUACCCCCUUCUUCCAACACAGCUGUGGUUCCCCCAGUUCAUUCCUGUUGGUGUUCACCAAUCCUGGCUGUUUUCCUAGAUUCUCAUUCCAGCUCCUGUCUUCUAGCACAGCUCACCCUGCAGGGCCUGCGAGCAGCGGAGGGGAAGCCCAGAAACCCGCUGUACCCCCACAUACAGCACCCGUGUCUCCCUGUCUCUCCCAGGGUCUGGGCUGCCUCCUCCUCCUCCUCCGGCCUCACCACCUGCCCUUCAUGGGUUGAAAGGUGGAAUUUAAAUUUAUAUCUUGAUACUGUUUUAUAUUCCUGAAGCCGGCACUGCCUCAGUCUCUACUCUGAAUUUCACAACUAGGUAAAGGAAAGCUAUGGUGUUUUGUUUUGUUUUGUUUUUUUCCUCCCAAAGAUCAACAAAGCACACGAGUGGCUCACGCCUGUAAUCCCAGCUACUCAGGAGGCUGGGAUGUGAGGAUCGUGUUUUGAAGCUGGGUUGAGCUGUGGUUCUCUGUUGCAGAGAUCACAAGCAACAUGGUCAGGGCUCUGCCGGUCCAGCCACACUGCACCUGCGCAGCAGACUCAACAUGACUGCCUGCCCAGGGCCUAUACUAGCAUGGAGGCCAGGCCUAGACCUGGCCAGGCCAUUCACUGAUCUCUCUAGUGCACCUGCGCCGGCACAAACCAGUUCCAUCCUAGGCCUCCUGAGCCUCCUCAUUCCUGGUUCCAUGAAGACCCCGGGGGACCAGGCCAAAGUGAUCACGAGAUGGUGGAAACAUCCAGACACUGGGGCCCUUGGCCUCAGCACUACUGGAACCUUCCAGAUGCAGAGCCCUGGCCUCAGUGAACAUAAAUGCCCCCACAGCCCCCUCCAUCUAGUCUGACAGAGGAUUUGUUUUGUUCUCACUUACUCUUUUGUUCUUUGCAAACACGAGGUGUUUGUGGGGAGGGGGGUGGGGGUUCUGUGCUGUGCCCAUGGAAGCUCCCUGGCGGGUUCAUGGUGGAUUUGAACCCCUGCGCCUCCUCUCAAGGCGCCCUCCGGGUCUGUGCCUGGAUCAUUGCCCCCUUCCUGUCUUCAAUCUUUUUUUUUCUUCUGCCAGUCCUGGGGCUUGAACUCAGGACCC